AUGGCAUCGAACUCCACUCUAUUUGAGGCUGGCCUCGACGUCUUUGGGCCCCAGGCGCCUAGUCCGAAUCAGUUUGAUUUCAGUCCCUUAUUCGAAUAUACAAUAUUGUCUAUAUUGCCUUCUACCUUGUUGCUAGUCUUGAUACCAUUUCGAUUGUGGGCACUAUACGGACAAUCCCACAAAGUCUCCCGUAGCUUUCUACAGAGCAACAAGCUGUUCCUGCUCGUGGUUUUUACUUCUCUCCAAGCUGUUGCUUUAAUCCUCUAUGCAACAAAUUCUGGCGUUCGCACAUCAACCUCAAUAGCCGCGACCGCGCUUGUCCUCGCCGACGCCUUAGGACUAUGCUGGCUUUCUCACAUUGAGCAUGUUCGCUCUGUUCGUCCAUCUUCACUCAUCAAUACCUAUCUAAUGAUCACCUUUUUGUUCGAUAUUGCACACACAAGGACACUAUGGAUGCAAGGUGCCCCCCUGCACAUUGCAGCCGUGUUUACAGUAACAGUAGCAGUGAAGCUUGCCCUUACAAUAAUGGAAGCAAUCGAAAAGCGAAAUAUCCUCUUAGAGCCGUACCAGGACGUUCACCCGGAGGUGACCAGUGGGAUCUAUAGCCGAGCACUUUUCUGGUGGCUGAACGCUCUGUUGACGAUUGGGUUUCGACGGAUUAUCCACACAGAUGACUUAUUCCCGGUCGAAGAAGAGAUGAAAUCAACUGUGCUUUGUCGACGGGCCGAAGAAAAAUGGACCCAAACCAACAAAUCUCGCUCUCAUGCGUUGUUCUGGUUGACAUUGAACGUAACGCGUCGCCAGCUGGUCCUCUGUGUCUUUCCUCGUAUCUGCCUGAUUGCCUUUCGAUAUACCCAGCCAUUUCUUCUUUCCCGGACAGCGCACUUUGUCACCUCCCAGACUGACGCGAAGAGUAUCGGCUGGGGUUUGACUGGAGCAUUUGGCAUCGUGUUCCUAGGAACAGCGAUUACCAAUGGUGUAUAUACGCACAUGACCUUUCGAUUUACUACUGUCGUCCGCGGUACGUUGGUGAGUAUGAUUUGCGCAAAAACGCUGGAUCUAAGCAUUAUAUCCCUCGACGAGUCGGCAGCUAUGACCUUAAUGUCAAAUGAUACCGGUGAGCUUUUCUUAUUGUCUGUUGUGGGCUAUUUGAAACAUAACUCAUUUUUUUCCCGUGCGCUGUCUCUAGAAACAAUAUGCGGAGGCUUCCAAAACCUCCAUGAAAUUUGGGCAGUUCCACUUGAACUGGGUAUCGCCAUGUGGUUACUGUAUCGAGAACUGGGAUUAUCCUUCCUAGGACCCGCCGUUGUCGCAAUUGUGUCAACGCUGUGCAUCAUACAGAUCUCGAGUUAUAUCGGCAAAGCACAGAAACGGUGGAACGAAGGUAUACAGACACGUAUCGAUGUCACAGCCACAAUGCUUGGGUCAAUGAAGGCUGUGAAGAUGCUCGGUUUUACACCGAUUGUUUUUGAAACAGUUCAGAAUCUCCGCGUCACGGAAUUGAAAAUGUCGACCUUAUUCAGACGUCUUUUGUCGGCUAGCGUGUUCUUUACAAAUAACAUGAGAGUGCUAGCUCCUUUCGUUACAUUCUUGGUAUUUGCCCUUAUCCAGGACCACGAGAAGUUGAACUUCACCUCUGCCACUGCUUUCACUGGUCUUUCUCUGGUUGGCAUGUUAUCGAACCCGGUAAAUACUAUGCUAAGAACAAUUCCAACACUCAAAGCCGCAUUCGCUUGUUUUGACAGGAUCGAGAAAUUUUUAAAGUCCCCAUCCCGCAAAUUGAUAUUCAUACCGCUGGAAGAAUCCUUCAAGGCCAGUGGACAAGGUGUGAAAAAUACCGAACAAGACAUCACAACUUUUCUCUCCCAAGACAGUAACCAGGAAAAUCUAGUGAAUGUGAAACUGUAUUCCCGGAAACAGCGUGAUCCCAGCCCUACUCUCAUUAAAGUGCAAAACGCAGGAUUUGCAUGGACUGCAGACACCCCUAUAAUCACAGAUGUCAGUUUCUCCAUGGCGCGGAAAGGCUUUGUUUUCAUUAUUGGACCAGUCGGGUGUGGUAAAAGCACCUUGUUGAAGGGCCUCAUGAGCGAGACACCAGUCUCCCAGGGCACAGUGCACCGUGACUCCUGUACCAGUGCAUUUGCAGACCAGAAGCCAUGGAUUCAAAACACAACAAUCCGACAGAACAUUAUAGGGCCCUCGCUAUUGAAUGUUGACUGGUACGAGGAAGUGGUCGUCACAUGUGCCCUAGAUCAUGAUAUUGCAAUGAUGCCAGACUCACAUGAUACUAUCGUGGGAAGUGGAGGAAUCUCACUUAGUGGCGGGCAGAAGCAGCGCGUGGCUCUGGCCCGGAUGCUAUAUGCCAAAUCUGAGCUGAUGAUUAUCGACGAUGGCUUUUCUGGACUAGAUCCCGAGACAGAGGAAAUUGUGUUCACAAGACUAUUUGGCAAGACUGGUUUGCUUAGACAACUGGAGGCAACAGUUCUUCUCGUCACCAAUGCCGUUCAUCGCCUCCACUAUGCUGACUAUAUUAUUGCUUUGGAUGCUACUGGAGGCAUCGCCGAACAGGGCUCGCUUGAUAAGCUCCGGGGCGCUGGAGGGUAUGUGGAAAGCCUGGAGAAAAGGCACAAGUAUGAAUCAGAUUCCGAUGGGACUCGUAUCUCCGCAAAGGAAAUAUCCAUUGAACCUCCAAACGGCGGUGCAGUGCAAAAGAAAAAAGCCGGACAGGAUGAACUCAAUCGACCUAUUGGCGAAUGGUCUACCUAUAAGUAUUACUUUGCUUCGAUCGGUUGGCCAAGAGCAUGCCUCUCACUGUUCUUAGUGAGCUUUUCCGGGGUCGCUGUGAAACUGACGGAGCUUGUUGUUUCUCUGUGGACGAAAGCAUACGCAACCAGUGGGGAUGAAGUUAGUCCGCUGUACCUCGGAUUAUAUGGAAUAAUAGCAGGAAUAGGAGCCAUAUUUUGGAAUGUCUCUGUUUACCACUUCUUCCUCUACGUGGUGCCAGGCAGUGCCGAAAGACUACAUGCUGGACUUCUCAAAUCGGUAAUGGAUGCUCCAUUGUCCUUCUUCACAAGUACAGAUACAGGCGUCACGACAAACCGUUUCAGCCAGGACAUGUCAAUCGUUGACAAAGAACUUCCAUUUACGCUUAUUGACUUGGUGGUUUCUAUGAUUCAAGCGAUAAUGGGCGCCAUAUUGAUGUGUAUAGCAACUGGCUAUUUUGCUUUUGCGCUGCCACCAGUGGUUGCUAUCGUGUGGGUCAUACAAAAGUUCUACCUCAGAACCUCCCGCCAAGUGCGUCUACUCGACCUGGAGGCAAAGUCACCGCUGUACACGCACUUCAUCGAGUCCCUCUCUGGAUUGGUCACUAUCCGAGCAUUUGGAUGGUCCGAGGAUUUUGUAAAUCAAAACCUACGCGCCUUAGAUAACUCCCAGCGGGCGUAUUACCUGCUAUUCUGCAUCCAGCGGUGGCUAUCCAUCGUUCUAGAUGUGAUGGUGGCAGUGCUCGCUAUUCUGCUGAUGGUACUGAUUGUUGAGCUCCGUCAAUCUGUGGGAGCGGAAUACGCCAGCUUAGCAUUGCUGAACAUUAUGAGUUUCAGCGCAUCCUUGACAUGGAUUGUUCGGCAAUGGACUGCAUUGGAGACUUCCAUUGGCGCCGUGUCACGCUUGAAGACCUUCACUUCAACCACACCGACAGAGAAUCUCGAGGAUGAGCGUGAGCCCGUUCCAGAAAACUGGCCGGACAGGGGUGGUAUUGUUUUGAAAGGGGUUUCUGCCUCCUAUUCCCUGGCUGGCAUUCCCAUUCUCAAGGACAUCAACAUGGAUAUCAAGCCCGGCGAGAAAAUAGGAGUUUCACCGGAAAGUUCUAUUCUCAUCGACGGCGUGGAUAUAACGAAGAUUCCUAAACAGACUGUUCGUGCUGGAAUCAACGCCAUACCACAGGACGCCUUCAUAAUGAAGGGAACUAUUCGACUUAAUGCCUCCCCUUUGCAGAAGCAUAAUGAUGCAGAGAUCAUUGAUGCACUUUCCAAAGUCCGCCUAUGGUCGCUCAUUGAGUCUAAAGGAGGCCUCGGUGUCGAUUUGGACGCGGAAUUCUUUUCGCCAGGACAGAAACAGCUUUUCUGUCUUGCAAGAGCUCUUCUCCGAAAGGGUAAGAUUGUUGUGAUGGAUGAAGUGUCUAGCAGCAUUGAUCUAGCCACCGAUAAAGUGAUCCAAGAGGUGAUUCUCCAGGAGUUUGAAGGAGCUACGAUUAUUUCCAUCGCGCAUCGUCUAGAUAGUAUUCUAGAUUUUGAUCGGAUCGCGGUGCUAAGUGAUGGACAAUUAGUAGAAUUUGACCAUCCUCAAGUGUUGUUGAAUAGGCCAACAGCGUUUAGGGACCUGUAUAGCCUGUAA